AUGUGUAGAGGCUUUGGAGCUCCACACGAUUAUGGAUGGCGUAUAUGGUGGAAAGGCAAGAUGCUGGAAAUGUUCGUCAUGGUGCCUACUACCUACCUAUAUAUUGAGCUUUUAUUCCCUCUACAGAUUCUACCCUCUCUACAGAUUCUACCAUCUCUACAGCUACCAUCUGUACAGCUUCUACACGAAACGCACUACCCGUCAACACCAACCGACUCGAUCAUGCAAUCACCGUCCCCGCCAAGCGACAAGGAGGCAGUCCUCUAUUACUGGGGGCUUCCGUCCUGCCCCAGGCUUAUUGCUAGGUCAAGCAAACACGUCUGGACAGACCCCUGUCGGUCAGAUGGCGGUCCAUCUACAUGCCCUCCCUCCCUGAUGCGCAAAUCCCUCCGGCCUGCCGCUGGUGAUCCGUUACUGCACCGUCUGUGGAACGACGCGACGUCUUCCCUGAGAAUCCAGAUCGUGGAAGCCGUCAGCGCCGCAGACUGGACAGCAGUUGAUAUCCUGCGCGUCGGCCGGGUUGGAGGGUUCCGCACGACUCUGCUGGUAUCCGUCAAGCCAGAGUCUCUGUCUUGGAGCCGGGCACAUCCCAUCACGCUGCGAUGCAAGGGCAUUCUGGAGGAACACGGCAUCGACAACGUCCACUGCGAAAUACGCGAAAGCGUUGUCACUUCAUGUGGCAACAGCCUCUCGAGGGGUAAAUCUGCCGCCGCCGCUGCCGAUGUGCAAAGCGAAUUCCAGCUUUCCUCGGCUUCGAGCACGAACCUGCGCGCAGACCGUGUCGAUUUGUCCGACUGCCUCGGCACCAGGAUAUCGAUGAAAGACGACGACACCAGGUUUGGCACAAAGGGCAUAUACCUCUCUCUCAAGCCAUCCAAUGCCCAAGACGAGCCUAAAAUCGUGGCCUUGACUUGUCAGCAUGUGGUGAGAAACCACGAGAGUGAGAGUUCGAAGACGAGGCGCCAAGAUUCCCGGACACGCAGAGAAGUCAUCCAAAUCGACCAGCCCGAGUACGACAGCAGACUUGAGCGAUAUGGAGAUGCCGCCAGAUACAAAAGAGUAGAGGACGCGGAAUGUCUUCUCAGGGAGAUGAAGCCGUAUGCGGCCUCUCCCUCGAGAAGAUUCGGAACGCUCCUCUACUCGCCGGCACUGAGGUAUUCGCGAGCUCUGCGCGAGGCACCAGGUUACGAUCCAUGGCUCAGAGACUGGGCGCUGAUCGAGCUGUUGCCCAGCCGCCACCAGGCUCCUCUCGGCACACUGACGAACAAUGUCUUUGUCGGACCAGCGAACCGUCUUCAGAGCAUUGUGCACAACAGUAUGACGGGAUGGAGAGGACUCUGGAAGAUGCGAGUACCAGUGGCGCGGAAAGGCACCCUGCCGCUAGCAAAGACUGCCGUUCCCAUGAGCGAACUAUACAAACUCGCUCAUGAUGCUGACGACAACGAGCCGACGAUGCUUGUCGCGCAAUCUGGAGCUGGCGGGAAGCUGACGGUAGGCAUCGGCAACGCCCUGAAAUCGCUUGUUCGUCGCGAUGGGGCUUUGGAUGGAGGCGUCGAGGGCUACAGCGAGGAGUGGGCUAUAACAUCGUUGACCGGCAUUCACGAGUUCCAAACGGCGUUUUCGUUUAGGGGCGAUUCGGGGUCUUGUGUAUGGGAUAUACAGACAGGGCGCCCUGCCGCGAUUAUCAUGGCGGGAGUACACUGCCCGAUGCCGAAUGGGAACAACGAUGUUACGUAUGCCCAGCCUUUGGAGCGUUUGAUUGGUGAUGUUAGGGAUCAUGGCUUUGACGUUUCGCUCGUCUAA